GUGACAGCAUCAACCAGCAAUCGGUGCCAACAUGAUAUCAACCUCAUCCACACCCCAAUCGUCAAUUGACUUCCCAAUCCUCGGCGCUGAACCCUGAUACCAAUUCCAGAACCUCAACCGCAACAGAUUUACCACCUUUACCACCACCCAACCCCUCCUUACCCUCCCAAUUGUCCUCCCCGAUUAUAUGCCCCUUGUCGAUUGCCGUUCUCAGCCCUGACCGCAAUAUGCGGUCUGUAAUAGGUCGAAUCCCGAACUUAAUUCCUCCCCGGGCACAAUGGGGGAGUCAGGUCCCCGAGUCGACUUCCUCGUUGCGGUUGCUAUCACCAUGUGCCGUGCGAGCGCCAGGGCGGCAAUUCCAAACCGCGGCGGCGGCGAAGAAGUAUAACAGCGGCACGAACAUUGGGAUUGUUGCUGCGAAUGCGCAGGGGAGACGGUGGUUCGGCAGUGUCAAUGCUCGCCUCCUCGCCAAGGAUGCGAAGCAGGAAGUGGAGCGGCUCAAGAUCAAGGAUGCGAGGCCGCAUGGGCAUGAGGAUGGGGACGUUUCCAGCGGCGCUCAGAAGGGUGGUGAUAAGCUUGGGGAUGCGAUGUCAAAGGGGAAACUGUUGACUACACCGUCGAGGUUGUUUAAGCUGCUUCUUCCGCUGUCGACUAAAUACCAUCGUGAUCAUAAGGAUAUCGAGCCGAUUGCCUUUCUUAUCCACCCCCAGCAACCUCUGUCCUAUCUAGAACGUCUCAUCCAAGCCGAAAUCCCGCCCCUCAAAGCCAACGAUGGACAGACGCGAGCCCCCUCUGUCUCCUUCAUCGCGCUUCAACUCGAGGACAACCCCAUCCGGCCGCGGAAGGCGCUCUACGAAGAAACCGAUGCGGAAGUGCGCAAGCUUGAGGAGCUCGGACAGAUUGAAGAGAAGUCGGACGAGAAGAAACCCUCGGAGGACGACACAUACACAUACCUACGACGGAGCGAGCCUGGCAAGAAGCCCCUGGAGCAUCGCUUUGUGCGGUGGUCUCAAUCCACCGAGGUCGGGGACUUCAUCCGCGACGCCGCACGAGCUCGGGAGUUCAUCGUGUCGGUCGAAGGAGCGCCGACGGGCCAGCACCAGAUCCAUGUGGCGGUUCCCUCGUUCAAUGAACGCACGCAUUUCCUGCGCAUGCGGCUGCGGAAGAUCUCGGGGCGCAUCAAGUACAUCGCGGACAUUAAGCAUGAAUGUGACGCAUUGGCGCACCGCGGGGCGCAGCGCGUGGCCAUGGGCGGGUUCGGUGUGCUGGCGUUCUGGUGGUGCCUGGUGUACAAACUGACGUUCGAGACCGAUCUUGGCUGGGACACCAUGGAGCCCGUCACGUACCUGGUCAGUUUGUCGACGCUGAUGGGCGGCUAUCUGUGGUUCCUCUACCACAACCGUGAGAUCUCGUACCGGUCUGCGCUCGACUUCACGAUCAACGCGCGCCAGAAGAAGCUCUACGAGAGGAAAGGGGUGGAUCUGCGUCUGUGGGAGUCACUGAUCGACGAGGGCAACUCGCUCCGCAAGGAGAUCAAAUCGAUCGCGGCAGAGUAUGACGAAGAAUGGGAUGAGAUGAAAGACGAGCGCGACGAGCGCGUGACGGAAGCAUUGAAACAGGAGCGCGCUCAGAAGAACGGAUCCAAGCAGAAUAACAACGAUACCGACGAUUAAAUUGCCUGGGGUUUGGAGAAUCAUCUAUUCUAGGCUAUCUCUCGACAUUGUUCUCAUCUCGUCUCACGAUCAACUUCCAACUUUCUCGCGAGUUCACCCCCGUAUCAGGCCUGCCUUGACUUUCUUUCACCCAUUCCGCACCGGAUCAUAAUAUUCUUUCUUGCCCGAGACGCCGCUGUUCGGCUGGUUUUGUGUCUGUGCCAGUCUCUGAGGCGAUUUCGAGCGACCUAGACAAACUUGUUAAUAUUUUUUUUUGUACCAGAACCAAUGUAUAUAUGUAUCCUCCUGCCCAGCACAUAGAAAGACCAACCAUGA